AUGAGCAAGGAGGAGCACGAGGUGGCCGUGCUGGGGGCGCCCCAGGGCCAGGCGCCCGCGACGACCACGGUGAUCAGCAUCCCCAGGGAGACCUCUGUUCCCGACCACAUCGUGUGGUCCCUGUUCAACACCGUCUUCAUGAACUGGUGCUGCCUGGGCUUCGUGGCAUUCGCCUACUCUGUGAAGUCUAGGGACCGGAAGAUGGUCGGCGACGUCACUGGGGCCCAGAGCUACGCCUCCACCGCCAAGUGCCUGAACAUCUGGGCCCUGGUCCUGGGCAUCUUUCUGACCAUUGGAUCAAUCGUUCUUCUCGUUUUUGCCUACCUGGCAGCCUACCAGAUGAGUUUAGAGAUGAUGAAAAAUAGAGGCUACUAG